AUGGAAGGGGUAGAAUUUACCCAACCUUCAGGAAGUAGCAUUUCAACUGCUUCGACGAGCUCUUCGAUAGCUCAGCAACCUAUACAGACGAAUAGUAAUACUAACGUAAGGCUUGAGGCCUCUAUGCAUGCUCAAACUAACGAAAGUCACCCUGGUCAGAAUACAACUUCUAAAGAAGCAAAGAAAGACGAUGGUUGGACUAUUAUUAAAAAGACUCAACGUUUUAGUAUCUUUAUCCCUCAAGAUAGACUUCCAGGCGAUAAUAUUAUUGCUAAGAAAAAUUUUGUCUAUAGGAAAAUUUUGGAUGUACUUGGGCUAAUUUCAUUGGCACCAACUUCCAUUAAAGGUAUUAAGGUGAUUCGAGCAACAUAUGAAACGGAAGCACAAGCGGCUGAAGUUUGUGCCAAGAAAAUUGCAGAUGAUAAUGAUAUAAGAUUUGCUAAAUUGGAAGUAAUCAACAAUCAGUAA